GCUGCCCAGCCCCAAGGCACCCGCCUCUCUGCCCCCCAAGACUGCUUCCCUUUCCAUUGCAUUCCAUUGCAUUUGGAGAAAGGACCUGUUCAGUCGGGUUUUCUUUUGGCUUUGCUUUUUUUCCAUUGACUUUUCCUCCUUUUCUUCUCUGGAUCCCAAGAUUGAUUUUACUUUACUUUACUUUACUUUACUUUAUUUUAUUUUAUUUUAAUUUAAUUUGGAGAAGCAACCUGUUCAGUCUGAUUGUCUUUUUGAAUUACUUUUUGCAUUGACUCUUCCUCCUCUUCUUCUCUGGACCCCAAGAUUUAAUUUAAUUUAAUUUAAUUUGGAGAAGUGACUGGUUCAGAGUGAAUUUCUUUUGGCAUUGCUUUUUUGCAUGGCCUCUUCUUCUCUGGACCCCAAGAGUUAUUUUAUUUUAUUGUAAUUUCAUUUCAUUUCAUUUCAUUUGGAGAAGCGACUUGUUCUGUGUGAUUUUCUUUGGGCAUUGCUUUCUGCAUUGCUUCUCCUUCCUCCUCAGCCCCCCCAAACUGUGGGCCUCUUGAGGGCAUCGCUGGAGCCAGCCAAGCAAGGAUGUACCAGGGACACAUGCAGGGGAAAGGCUCUAGGGCGGCAGAUAAGGCUGUUGCAAUGGUGAUGAAGGAGAUACCGAGGGAGGAGUCUGCCGAGGAAAAGCCCCUCCUUACUAUGAAAUCACAGCUGGUGAAUGAACAACAAGAAAGCAGACCCCUCUUGAGCCCUUCAAUUGAUGAUUUUCUUUGCGAAACCAAAUCUGAAGCUAUUGCAAGACCUGUGACGUCAAAUACAGCAGUUUUGUCAGCAGGAUUGGACCUCUUGGACCUAAGUGAGCCUGUCUCCCAAACCCAAAGCAAAGGAAAAAAGCUGGAGAAUUCCUCCAGAGGAGAAGGCUUAAAGGCCUCAACCCACCGAAAGAAGACAGACAAUCCAGACCUUAUCAGUGUGGAUGCUGAGCAGAAGAUCCAGCCUCUCAAAGCUCCUGAAAAGUCAUCCUUGGAUUUAGUCAACAUUCAGACACAGAUAGAGAAAUGGGACGACAUGAAAUUUCGUGGAGACAGGACAAGCAAAGGCUUUCCAGCACCUGAAAAAAAAACAUCUUCUAGAGCAUCAUCAAAAGAAUUUUUAUGGUCUGCAGAACACAGAUCUCAGCAAGAGCUGGCCACUGUCAAACCUGCAUUGGAAUCUGAUUCAACCUCAGAUUUAGAAUUAGCACCUGCACCAAAGGUACGAUCUACCAAAGAGCAACGUUGGGGAGGUGCCCUCCUGUCAGCAAACCAUCAUUGGAAGAAGAAUUUGAAAGAGGCCAAAGCUGCUGUUGAGUCAGACACAGAAUUUUGGGAUAAGAUGCAAGCAGAAUGGGAAGAAAUGGCUCGCAGAAACUGGAUUUCAGAAAGCCAAGAAGUACAAGGCCAAGCAGCUGUUUCCAUUAAUGAGAAGGGCUAUUAUUUUCAUACAGAAAACCCUUUUAAAGACUGGCCUGGUGCUUUUGAGGAAGGACUGAAAAAACUGAGGGAAGGGGAUUUACCCCUCACCAUCUUAUACUUGGAGGCUGCAAUUCUCCAAGAUCCACAUGAUGCUGAGGCUUGGCAGUUUCUUGGGAUAACACAAGCGGAAAAUGAAAAUGAGCAGGCAGCCAUCGUCGCCCUCCAAAGGUGCUUAGAGCUUCAGCCAAACAACUUGAAAGCACUGAUGGCAUUGGCCGUAAGCUUUACAAAUACUGGCCAUCAGCAGGAGGCCUAUGAAGCACUGAGAAGCUGGAUCAAGCAAAAUCCCAAAUAUAAGUACAUAGUGAGGAGCAAAAAAGGGUCUCCAGCUUUGACUAGGAGAAUGUCCAAGACAACCAAUGAUAGUUCACUGCUAGAAGAGGUGAAGGAUCUCUACCUGGAAGGUGCGCAUCAGAAUGGUGACAUGAUAGAUCCAGACUUACAAACAGGACUCGGCGUGCUCUUCCACCUGAGUGGGGAAUUUAACAGAGCGAUAGAUGCAUUCAGCGCUGCCCUCACUGUUCGACCAGAAGAUUAUUCAUUGUGGAACCGUCUAGGUGCAACCUUAGCAAAUGGUGAUCGAAGCGAGGAAGCCGUUGAAGCCUACACAAGAGCCUUGGAAAUCCAACCUGGCUUCAUUAGGUCCAGAUACAAUUUAGGAAUAAGCUGCAUCAACCUAGGAGCAUACAGAGAGGCAGUGAGCAAUUUCCUGACGGCUCUCAAUUUGCAACGAAAGAGCCGGAAUCAACAGCACGUUCCUCAUCCUGCAAUUUCAGGUAAUAUCUGGGCUGCUCUCCGGAUCGCUUUGUCUAUGAUGGACCAGCCAGAACUUUUUCAGGCUGCUAAUGUGGGUGACCUGGAUGUUCUACUAAAAGCAUUCAACAUCGAGCCCUAAACACACCCAUGCAAACAAACAACACACACACAUCAAGUCCUUCAAAAUUCAGAAACCAUCUUAUCGAUUCAGCAAAAGAAAUAUCUUUAAAUUCCCAGUUUGAUCAGAGAAAGGUUGCUUGGAUGCUUUCCAACCAAAACGACUCUGCAGGAUUCCAGCAGAUCUUCAGAAAAGAAAGUUGAAAAGCACAAAACUUUGUAAAUACCACCUCACUCAAGUGUUUGUAAUGGAGUGAAAUAAACAAGAGCUACCAUCAUACAGAUCAGACUUGGAUCACAAAACUUCACCUGAAUAUUCCUGACAACAUGUAUCUAUAUGAAGAAAGUAUGCUUUGAACAUUGUGCUUCAUAAGCAGAAGUUCAUAUUAGAGGAGGGCAUUGGGUAGCAUUUUCUUAGGAACCUACGAAACCAUUGAAUCUGCUGCCCUCGCAUUGAAAGAAACAUUGGUGGGGAAGGGUGGUGGCUUACAAUUUUCUUCUCAAGAUCUGUUUUCCACAAAUACGAUCAUUGGUGCAUGCAUGUUAGAGUAGCUCUGUUUACUCCAUCAAUAUAUUUCACAGGCAAUCCUUUAGAGCUUUAAAAAAAAUAUCUAGAUUUUUUGGGGGGAAAUCUGGAGUCUAAUCCUAUGAAGCCUUCUAUAGCAAAGAUCUCAUGAAAAUUAAGAAAAAAAAUCUGCACAUGGAAAAUUUGCAGGACAAAUAAUAUAUUUUACGGCAUGUUGUGAAAACAUACAUUGUACUUUGCACUAGAGGUUGGGAUAGGUAUGAUUAGGGCUGGCCCUAACUGGGCGCCCUGGACAGGUCUCUGGGUGCACCUCUAUCCCUUCCACCUUCCUGGAUCCGCGUAUUGUCUUUCAAAAUUCCACACCCCUUUAUCUUUGAGAGUUAAUUUCUUUGGGAGCUUUAACUUUCAGCCAUCUAUUUUCAGUGAUUUUGGAGGAAUGUUGCAUUGGAAGCCAUUUGUGGUUACCUAACAGGUUCAGAUUGCUACAGAGAUGGCCCACAAAAGGGUCAGGAGAAUGUAUUGUGCAAUUGACAGGCAACUAUAAUAUGCUUUUUUCCCCUCCAUCAAGCACUUUAAACAAUGGCAAAGAUCCUGUUGGUGUACCACACUGGUAUAGAUGUUGAUGGUGGUUGCAAGAAGGAAAACUCCAUUGGUGCAACAGCCAUGAAGGAAGUAGCAUGCUGGAGAAAUAGACUGACAUGGAGCUGGCAGAUUUUGUCUGUCUUCCCACACCAGCACUGCAUGACAUUUGCUAAUGUGCUGCACCAACAGGAUGCCAGCCUGUGUCAGUCAUAGAUAUGGUACCAAGCUUAGAAAACAUGUUCUUUUAGUGAACAGUUCCCAGAAUCCUUGGUGGCCAUGGAUGGCUGGUACAGCCUGGGUAUUGCAAUCUAAAAAGUCACUUUUCCAAACUUUGUUGGAGCGGCCAGACAGAGGCAACUGGGGUGUCCAGCAGCUGGCUGCACAGAUGUUUGUUGUGCUCCGUGCACAUUGUUUUGAGCUGAGCUCACAACAUAAAUAGAUUCUAUGAACGUAUGCACUUUAAUCUAGCUUUUUGGUUUGUUUGUAUUCUGGGGUUGGGAGGGGAAUGCAUGACUUUUUUUACACGUUGACUUUAGGAAUGGAAGAUAUUGAAUCAGCUGUGUUGUGAUGAAGAUCCAAUAAGGUUUCCGCAACCCACAACAGACUUUUCUGCUAUCCUACUAUUUAAAAAGGCAAACAGAGGUAAUAAAUUACAGUCUCAUAAGACAAGGUUAUUGCAGGGUGAUUAAUAGAAUACAAAUGUCAGCAAUGAAAGAGAACACAUCUGUUCCCUUGUCCUUCAGCAAGAAAAUGAGCAGAUGGGU